UGCGAACCCUCUUUUUUCUCGAACACUGUCAGAGACCUACCGGGCAUGGAUGCGGACACAGGCGUCGCCAGGCAACGCCAGAGGCCCAAGAGGCUCGUACAGCCAAACAGGAGACACACCGGCCCAGACUGGGUGCAGUGAGAACAACGCUUCCAUCUACUUAUACCAAAGCACCACAAGGAAGCGGUCAUCCUCGGGAUCAAGGCUGAAGAACGGCGGCUGCGGGAGUUUGUCUCCUCGCUAGACUAGGAACCCUUUUCUAUCCCCAAUUCAGUUGUAAUCAGAUAUUGCCACUGUUUAUCGUUGCUAUAAUCCAGAGACAGUAGUGGGUACCUAACAUCUGGUAUCAGAUUAGUCAGUUCCGAUCCAAAUCCACCGCAAAGUCUAUCGGUGUUCGUCACCACGCAAGCCUGGAAACACGAAAGCGCACCGAGGAUCGUCGGCGCCUCCUCGAAGCGAUGGAUCCCUCUCUCCGCGAGUACCUGGAUCGGAUGGAGCUCAACGCCAACACCCGCGCGGACUCGAUCGUCGCGACCCAGCACGGGAUAUCGCAGCAACUCGCGGCGCAAUCCACCCAACUCCGAGAUCUGGUGGAUUGGCGCCCUGGUCUGGAGGCGCGCCUCGCCCAUCUUCAAGGCGCUGUGUCGGAGCUCCAACGCGCUCGGUCGGCGUCCUCGAGCGAUGAUGGAACGGCGGCGCCCCAUCUCGCCGCCAAUUCCCCUCCACACCCGGAAGGGGAGUUCCACGGGCCCGCUGGCCACCGCGUCGUCACUUCUCCCGGGGGUUCUCCGGUGAUGAACGGCGUUUCAUCGCCGGAACUCCCGGUCACGGGUAUGCCUUCGCUCGAGUUCCCACAAACUGCUAAUUCUAGCGAUCCCAGUUUGGUCACAAAUCAAUUGAUGACUGCCAUGGGGCCAUCUGCACCUGCUAUGAUGUUUCCUCAAUUCACGGGUGAAAACCCUAAUCUCUGGAAAACACUAGCGGAGCAAUAUUUUCACAUGUUUGCCACACAUGAAUCCUACUGGGUGCCGAUGUCAACCUUGCACUUCAAGGGGGCAGCAGGCAUCUGGCUCCAGGCAGUUCAUAAACGGUUGCAUGGCUUAGAUUGGACUUCAUUUACAUCUCUGAUAUGUACUCGUUUUGGUAGAGAUAGGCAUCAACUCCUCAUCCGUCAAUUUUAUGCCAUUAAGCAAAUAACAACAGUAGCAGAUUACAUUGAGAGAUUUGAUGUUCUUAUGAAUCACUUGAUGUCAUAUGCCGAAGAUACUCAUCCAUUUUACUUUCUUACUCGCUUCAUCGAGGGUCUGAGGCCAGACAUCAGGUCGGUUGUCAUGAUUCAGAGACCAGCAGAUUUGGACACUGCUUGUUCCCUAGCACUACUUCAAGAAGAGGUGUCUGAAGGCGAGCCAGUUUCUCCUAAUCGGUAUUCUGAUCAGCGGUACCUCAAAUUGCCUAUGAAGGCCCUGCCAACACAACAAUACUCUGGUAUGUCACGGCCACCUUCUCGGUCAGAUGACCAGCGUGGCAUUGAGGCUGCUCGAGCCACAACUGAUGAGCGCAUCACAGCUUUGAGGGCAUUUCGUCGAGCGAAAGGGCUCUGUUAUAAGUGUGGCGAGAAAUGGAACAAAGAACAUGUCUGUCCAGCCACAGUCCAGCUCCAUGUGGUCGAAGAAUUAUUUGCUUUGUUUUCUCCAGAUGAACUCACUGGCUAUGAAACUGCAGAAGCAAAAACUGAAACUUCUGAAACUGUGUGUUCAAUUUCAAUUCAUGCUCUCACCGGCCCAUCAGCAAAUACUCCAGGAGUAAUUCAAUUGCAAGCAUUUGUAGAGGACAAGGAGAUUCUGAUCUUAGUUGACUCUGGUAGUUCAGCUUCAUUUAUUAAUCAAUCUCUGGCCGAUACCAUGCAAGGAGUACAACCACUCCUUCAACCCUGCAGAGUAAACGUGGCUGAUGGCACACAACACCACUGUGCUGCAUACAUUCCACAGUGCCCAUGGACUGCAAACAAUCAUCAGUUCAACACGGACCUGAAGAUUCUGCCAUUGGGAUCCUUCGACGCAAUCCUAGGUAUGGAUUGGCUGGAGCAGCACAAUCCUGAUAUAGAUUGGAUACUGAAGACGUUGACGAUUCAGACUACUAGUGGUGCCAUUCAUCUACAAGGCCAUCAUCACAACAGCGUCCAGUGCUCUGCGAUAUCAGUGACUGAAUUGAGCAACAUUUGCCGUCAGGGCUCUGUGGCCCAUCUCAUACACAUAUGCGCUCUUGAUGGUGAGGUUCAAAUUGAAGAAAUUACACCACCAGACAUUCAAGCAAUCAUUGACCAGUUCCUGGAUGUUUUUGCUGAACCAACUGAUCUGCCUCCUAGGCGGGCUUGUGACCACCGCAUUCCUCUGAUGCCGGGUGCACAACCAGUAAACAUACGCGCUUAUCGCCACAAACCUGAACUGAAGACGGAGAUCGAACGUCAAGUGAAAGAGCUGUUCGAAUCUGGGAUUAUACAACACAGCACUAGUCAGUUCUCGUCGCCGGCAAUACUUGUCAAGAAGAAAGACGGCACGUGGCGUUUGUGUGUCGAUUACCGCGCACUGAAUUCGAUGACAAGUCGUGAGCAAGUACCCAGUGCCAAUUAUAGAUGA